AUAUCUACUAUUGUCUAAACGCAAAUGUCAGUUUUAGGAUUAUUAAAGCUUAAAUAUUUGUGGAUCUGUUGACUAGACGCAUAUCAGUACCUACUGGCCAUUGUAGAUCAACUUGUGUUCUACAAAGUGACGAAGAAGGUAUUUUGUGACAUGAAAUGUUUGUGUAGAUAACGAACUUCAUCCAGAUCGCUGGAGACUUGUUUGAGCGACACAGUUUUUCAUCGCUAUCAGUAAACUGGGGUACUUAUUUGACCAGUUAAGCCCAUUCAUAUAUACUAAACCACAAUUCGUACCGGGUGGAUAUUGUGAGAAUUGGGGAUAUUUCUUGGGAGCAGACGACCGAACUACGAUCAGAGGAUAAUGACGAGCCAGGAUGAGAAGCGCGUGCUCAUUGCCAUGGACGGCAGUAGUUACUGCGACUACGCCUUCAACUGGUACAUGACGAAGGUCCGGCAGCCGGGCGACUUCGUGGUCCUCUUUCACUCCGUUGAGUUCCACACACUCACCACCAUGCCGAUGGGGGUUGGCAGCGCGGACUUGCUGACUAGGAUGAUAGAGGAGGAGAAAGCGCACGCGGAGCAGUACCUGCAGAAACUCACAGACAAGAUGAAGGAUAACGGGUUGCAUGGGAAGGUAAAGCAGACGACGGGGCCGCCGCGGUCCGAGAUUCUCCGAGUGGCGGAGGAAGAAAACGUGGACCUCAUACUAAUGGGGUGUCGCGGGAUGGGCAAGGUGCGGCGUACGUUCCUUGGCAGCGUCAGCGACCACGUGCUCCAUCAUUCGCACGUUCCCGUGCUCGUGUGUCGCCACAAGGAGGAUCAUCAUCAUCAUCACAAGCACGGCCAUCACGAGCCACAAAAAGAAGUCAAGACGUAGGCUUGUUGGCAGCGGAUGACGGGAAAAGGAAUAUACGUAGCGGCAACCUGUUUUGUAAUCGAAAUUGGCCACCUGAAAGAGUAGAUACGGUGUAUGACAUAGAGAAUUACUUUAGUGUAAAAAGUCAUUUGAAAAAGAAAUAUGCCAGUGACAUUUCCAUAGCUCGUUUAUUGUAUUUGUAGACAGAUUUGUAUUUUUAUGUAUGUAUGAAUAAACGAUGAUGAGUAUUUAGUAAAAAAAUGUUAACAAACGGGUCUGGUUUAUCAAAACAUUGUCAAUGUUUAUAUUAUUGUUUUAACGUACUUCAAGGUUUUACCGUAUUUCUGAUGUUUUUUUUUAUUAUAGUUUUUUUUUCUCAAUAGUUUUCAGGGAGAGAUGUGCGAUGCAUAACAAAUAAUGCUCUAAUCUGAAAGGUCUAUGUGGUCAAUGGGCCAUAUAGGGUUUUCAUAGUUCUGGUUCAUGCUUUUAUCUUUUGUCAAUUUUCAUCAAACUUCGCAGAAUUGUUGAUCAGCAUGUGAAGACUUGCCACAUUUGUCCUUUCAUAGUAAAGCUCAAGGUUACAGUUACAGUUAACCUAUAUUUGAAAAUAAAAUGUUGUUUGUUUGGCCCCCGUAGAACUUAAUUAACAUCUGCCUUUUUAGUUAUAUCUCAUUAUCAACCAGCCCCUAAGUGUGAUGUUUAUUACAUGUCUUAAUGCGAAUAGGUGACACAUGGAUGCUCUUGGAGAAAAUAUUUUUUAAGAACAAAGUUGUGUGCGUUAAUUUAUUUCUUUCAUAAAAAGUUGUUGAUUUUA